CAAUAGUAGAAAUUCGCUUUUUUUUUAAUAUUAUUCUACUAUUUUUAAGUAUUGAUUUCUAUUAAAUGUAAGACGAUAUGCGAACGUUCACGAACAUAUUCUAAAGAAAUUGUGCAUUAUUGUAAAAAUAUAUGUGUGUUAUUAAAAAUAUAUUCAGUGUGAUAAUUUAAGCUGAUUUUGCAGGAGUAUAAAUACCGCUUCUAAAAUGAUAUAAGCUGAAAAAUCUCUCUCUCCAAUAGGCUACGGAAAGAUAAGAUAAAAUGGCGCUGAGACAAGAGACGGCACCUGCGCUUACGCCUUCUCUGCUCCGAGAUCCGUACCCUGUGAGUAGUGGCCGCCCGCCCAUUGCUACAGAAGAUUUCGACGAUGUGGACGAAUUCGUAGAUGCACCCGAAGAGCAGCCAACGUGCUCGAUGGAUCUGUACACCGCUCUGGAGGAAUGCGAGGUGGCGAUAAGGAAAUUUUUCAGCAAUGAUUUAGUCGGAGCUAUGGAUAUAAUGAAACCCUGGUGCCAAUCAUCACUGUAUCACAGUCUAGGAACCGCCAUAUUCGAAUUCAUUCCGGCAAUGUUGACCUUUGACCACACACAAAUCAGCCGGGCUCUCGCUGCUCUCAAAGUUUGCAUUUCAAUAUGCAAUCAACACAAGAGGAAUUAUACUCUUGUCGAGAGUAUCGGCACUAUAAUCAAAAAGCCGGAUUACGGUCUUUACACCGAUGUGGAGGCACACGCAGAACUGUGUUACGCCGAGGCACUGCUCCUUCAAGCUGCCAUGACUAUAAUGGAAGGCGAGGACCUCACCGGUCUUAUUAAAGGCACUAUUAAAGUCAAGAACUGUUACAACAGCUACAAGGACUGCUCCAAAAUAUUGGACAAGAAGCAGUGGGCCAAUGAAGAAGCCAAAAUACACUUUCAAAGUGGUGUAAGAUUGGGCACGGCCACAUUUAACGUCAUGAUCUCAUUGUUGCCACCUAAAAUUAUCAGUUUGCUGGAGUUCGUUGGCUUCUCAGGCAACAAGGCUCACGGAUUGGCGGAGUUGGAGUCGGGGUCACGGUCGCCGGGUAUACGUUCGAUUCUGUGCGACCUCACGUUGCUUGCGUACCAUCUCGUUAUAUGUCACUUUACCGGCGAGAAUGGGGAUCUACACGUGUGUGAAGAAAUACUGCAAAAGGAACUUCAGAUAUAUCCGGACAGCAUGUGGUUCCUAAUAUUCAAGGGGAGACUGGAACUCCUCAAAGGCAUGUUCCGACCCGCCAUAGAGACAUACAAUCAGGCCAUUGUCAGCCAAGACACCUGGAAGCAGUUCCGGCAUAUGUGCUACUGGGAGAUCAUGUGGGUCAAUGGAUUAAUGACUCACUGGCGUGAAGCAGCAAUGUACGCAGACAAACUUGUAGAAGAAAGUUCCUGGUCGAAAACUAUAUACUCGUACACUAAAGCCGCAAUGUUGCUCCAGCUUGGGGAUCGGCUGUCGAACGCCGAACGAUUGCAGUGCAACGAUCUACUCCGUAAUGCGUCAUACUACAAACAACGUAUUGCUGGGAAGUCACUGCCGAUGGAGAAAUUCAUGAUACGUCGCUGCGCACGCUAUCAAGCCCAAGGCGGGCAGAUAAUACUGCCGGCUAUAGAACUGCUCUGUCUGUGGAAUAUGUUCCAUAUACUCGCCAAAAACAAACAUGGUGCCCAGAAUGUACUAAAGCUGAUAGAAACAACCCGAGACCGUCUGGAGAGUGGGCCACAGGAGUGGAUGGCUGGUUAUGACGCCGACAACCGAGCACUGCUGCGUUACUUGCACGGAUGCUGCCUCUCCGCAAUGGACCUGCCGCGUCUCGCUCUGGAUACACUACAAUCAGUCUUCCUAUUGAAGAAUGACAUCAAAGAAGACACUUUCUUGCUGCCAUAUUCUCUGGCCGAAAUGGCAAUGUGCCACUACCACCUCGGCGAGAAAGAUCGUGCGGUCCAGAUGUUGCAUGACGCUCGCAAGAAGUACUCUGGAUACUCUCUAGAAUCGAGGCUACACUUUCGUCUGCACUCAAAGAUGCAGAUGAUUAAAGAGGCCACCAAGGGUGAAUCCAGCAAAAAUGUCACCAAACUAUAAAUACCUACCAAUUAAUUACAUUUUCAUUUAAUACCAAAUGGGUGUACCUGUCGCUUGUAGUGAUAAGUGGAGAUAUUUGUCGUAAUGGAUGUAAACGUUUAUUUUGCAUUUGUAACACUGUAAUAGUUAUUAUAAAAUCUGUGUGUAAACCUUAAAAUGUACCUGUAGUUAGAACUAGCAAUUAAGUCUAGUUCACACCUGUCGCUUCCGUGUCGAUAUCUUCUGUAAUAGAA